GGGUACAGGCGACAGAAAUUUCUUUAGAACUUUUAUGUUUGUAAUAUUUAUGUUGAAUUUAACAACUUCUUCUGUUAAAGGCAUUAGAUUUAGAUGGGCCUUUGGAAAUAGCCGUGGUAAUCAGGAACCCUCCAAGACUUCCAUUGGUGGCCGGGGAGGAAGUUCGUUUUGGCAGGAAGAUGUUUUCAAUACUUGGGUGUUUGGCGGAAAGGGUAUAUAUAAUGGACGACCAUCCAUGAAAAAUGAUCUAUGGAAAUAUAAUGUUAGGGAAAGAAAGUGGACUUUGGAACAUCCUGGGUCUGAAAGUUUAGAUAUAUCUUCCAAAAAUAAGAACAGGGCACCUGUUCCAAGGAGGUAUGCAUCAAUGUGCGGGGUGCCUGGGACACUAAUUGUUGUGUUUGGGGGGAUGAAUAAGGAUAAACAGGUGCUUGGAGACACCUGGGUAUUUGUAUUCAAGAAAAAAGAGUGGCUUCCAUUGUCAGAAAUGUUAAAGAAUCUGAGAAACGAGAGCAUUGGAGAGUCCCCUGAUCCAAGAGCUGAUGCUGUUGUGUGGUGUAUGCAGACAAAAAUGAUGCUUUUUGGAGGCAUUUCUGAGACUUUGGACCAGUAUGAUGAUAUGUGGGAAUACAGCCUUAUUGAUCUUAAUUGGAGGCAAGAGAAACUCUCCUCAGAACUUCACAGAAAAGGAAUCAUCCGUCCACAGAUAACGUACCCAGCAGGUCGUAGUGGUGCAACAGCUUGGGUUGGCCACAAUGAACAGCUGUACAUGUUUUCUGGAAACACGCAAACCAAAAACAAAGUGGAUUCUCAUCACAAUUCAGGAUUUUCCACUGAUCUGUGGAAUUUUGACUGCAAGAAAAAUGCAUGGGUGAAAAUAAUGGGGGAUCCGAAUAAGUGUUUGGCAGGUUAUUAUGGCAAAAAAGGCAUGGCAAAUGAAAAAAAUAUUCCAGGAUGUCGGAGGGGAGCAAUUCAUUGGACUGAUAGUGAGGGGCACUUGUGGAUGUUUGGAGGAGAGGGGGCCUCUUCAGACCCCAGGACAAUCUCUGAUGAAGUUCCAGAUGUCAUUCUGAAUGACCUCUGGUACUUUGACCUUGACUAUAAGAUGUGGUCAUGGAUGGGUGGAUCUGACAGAGCCAGUGACCCGGGAAGUUACGGUUCAGCAGACAAUGAAUUUGAUAAUGGAAGAUAUCCAAGCUGUCGAACAGAUGCCAUGUCUUUCAAUACAUGGAACGAACUGUAUGUAGUUGGAGGGAUAGGACAUGACUCCACUAAAACUUUCAGUCUGUUAGAUGAUGUAUGGGGUAUUGACGUCCACAGUGAGGUUAAUUACAGAGAUGCGGCUUGGCCAGGAUCUGUGUUCAUGCUUAUUUUUUUCUUUAUUGGCUUGUUACUUGUUCUGGUUGUUACUUUUAGUUUUGCUCGUAAAUAUUUCUCAGGGAGUAAGAAAAAUGAAUGUAAGAAGUAUGAUGUAGAAUACUCCAUGCUCCAGGAUGAAGCAGAGUAAAGAAUCAGUGCUUCC